AUGCCUACCAUGGCGGCUAAGAUAUUGCGCAUGCUCAACAGUCAAUCGGACUCACAAGCCGACGGCGGUCUCUACCCGCCACUCUUCAAUGUUGCACCACGCGCACAUAUCACCGUCAAUGCCACCUGUGGACAGAGUGGGCGCGAAGAGUAUUGCAAAUUAGUCGACGCGUAUCCGCACAAGAAAUGGGCCACACAAUGUGGCAUUUGCAAUGUGCAAUCGUCCGAUGUGGCCAAGCAGCGACCGAUCGAGGCUGUCAUCUCCAAUACGAAUUUCGACGAGCGUUGGUGGCAAUCGCCGACGCUACAGUAUGGCAGGCACUUUGAAUACGUCACGAUAACAUUGGAUUUGCGGCAGAUAUAUCAAGUCUUCUUUGUCAUGCUUAAGUCGGCAAACUCACCAAGACCCGCCUCUUGGGUAUUGGAGAAAUCGCUGGACGGUUUCACUUACAAUCCCUGGCAAUAUUUUGGACUCAGCGACGCGGAUUGUCAGCGACGUUACGGUUUGACCGGCCAGAAUGGCAAAUACGUUUUCGAAAAUGAUACCGAAGUCAUAUGCACGACACAAUUCUCAAAAGCGCUACCACUCGAGAACGGCGAAUUACAUGUUUCGCUGUUGAAAAACCGCCCCGGUGCUAUGGAUCAAAGCGAUGAACUAAUGAACUUCAUAACAGCGCGUUAUAUACGCAUACGCUUGCAGGGCAUGCACACAACCGCGAACUUGGAUAACAGCGUCGAUUGGCUGCUGGAUGCGCAAUCGCUGGAGAAGCGCUCUUUCUACUCACUCAAACAGAUACGCGUAAGUGCGCGCCUCGAUUGCCACGGUCAUGCUGAUAAGACUGUUGAGUUGGCGGAGAAGCGCGCCGAUGAGUUGGAGUACGCGCAACUCGCAUCCACGCUGCAAUGUGUCUGUCAGCAUAAUACCUGUGGCGCCGAUUGCGGCGAAUGCUGUGCGCUCUAUCAAGACAAACCAUUUCGCAACGGCACUGCGCGUGAGCCGAACGAAUGCGCGCUGUGUCAGUGUAACGGACAUGCGGAGUCUUGCUUUUAUGAUGCAUUUCUGGACCGCGGCAUCUGUCAGCAGUGUCAAAACAACACCGCCGGCAAUGAGUGUGAGUUUUGUGUGAGCGGCUACUAUCGCGCCCUACAUGAAGCGCUCGCGACGCCCUGCCAGCGCUGCGAAUGUGAUGGACGCGGCGCCGCAGGCACCUGUGAUCCCGUGAGUGGUCAAUGUCACUGCCGGGAGGGCUUUCAGGGUGCGCGUUGCGACGAAUGCGCUAGUGGUUACUAUGGGGACGAGUGUCGUCGCUGUGAGUGUGAUGUGCGCGGUACUAUACCAGACACGGAAUGCGCGGGUGUGUGUAAAUGUAAGGCGCAUGUGACCGGCGAUAGCUGUGGUGAUUGCUUACCAGGCUAUUAUGAUCUAAGCGCCGCGCAUCCAGAUGGCUGUGCGCCCUGCUGGUGUUCGGGUGUGGGCUUGUCAUGCAGUAGCGCUGUGUUGCAAACGCUCGCCUUCGAGACGCUGAACGAUUGGAAGGUAACGGACAUGACGCGCUCCCAAGUGGUCGCUGCGACUGUGGAUCCCGAUACAAAUUAUCUAGUUUAUGGCAUGGACGACCUGAAUGAUGUGGAAGCUAUUUACUGGCAAGCGCCACAAGGUUAUCUCGGUAAUCGACUCACUAGCUAUGGCUCGCGUCUCACCAUACAAAUUAACUGGGUCACCAUUCGUGGCGAUACAUCUGGCAAACCUACCGCUGGACCCGAUAUCAUACUAUUCGGACGCAACGGUCUUAAAAUUGCUUACGGCGACACUACAUAUACGCGUGGCUCAGCGGCUACCAUUAACAUUACGCUCGAAGAGUCGGGUUGGUAUCAUGUGCCGCCAGCUGUGCGCGAUAUUAAGACGCGCCUGAGACGCACUGAAUAUCACGGAUCGGCGGUGACUCACGCUCAAAUGCUCUCAGUUCUAUCUGCGCUUGAUGCUUUACUUGUACGCGGCACUUUUCACACAGAUCAAGUGGAAACCUCAUUGGAGCGCGUAAUUAUAUACUCGGGCGGCACAGAGUUAGGUGCCGCGAAGGCAAGCACGCGCGUUGAACAAUGCGUUUGUCCCAUCGGCUAUUCAGGUUUCUCUUGUGAGAGUUGCGAUUUCGGCUUCAUACGCAUCUGGGAGAACGCGACUGAUCAUCAGCUGGUAGCUAAGUGUAUACCUUGCCCGUGCAAUGGUCACUCGAACUCAUGCGACUUGCAGAGUGGCGGCUGUGGCAACUGCAUGCACAACACCUAUGGCGAGCGUUGUGAGCGUUGUAAAGUGGGCUACUACGGCAAUCCGCUGCAAGGCACCGAAUACGACUGCAAACGCUGUGCUUGCCCUCUGCUGGUGGAUAGCAACAAUUUUUCGCCCAGUUGUCAGUUGAAAACAUACAGCAUCAUGGAUCUGAACCCCAUAUACGGCGUGGUGGAGAAUUCCGAAUACAUUUGCACACAGUGUCCGCCCGGCUACACUGGUGACCACUGCGAGAUGUGCGACGACGGCUACUAUGGCAAUCCAACGGAGUUGGGCUCACAGUGCCGGCCAUGCGAUUGCAAUGGUGGACCGUGUGAUGUCUUCACGGGGCAAUGCAUCAUAUGCGACGGCAACACGGAGGGCUGGCGUUGUGAGCGCUGCAAGCUCGGCUACUGGGGCGAUCCCUCGGCGGGCUGCGAGCCAUGUGAUUGCUAUAUAGACGGUUCGGAUAGUGAUUAUUGUGACAGCACGAAUGGUCAAUGUUUAUGUAAACCGCGUUUCGCCGGUCAAAAGUGUGACGAGUGUGACGCGGGUUUCGCGAAUGUCGAUUUGAAGUGUUUACCGUGUAAUUGUAAUCCAUUCGGCGCGGAGGAUAUAGACUUUUGUGAUCCCGAUAGUGGUCAGUGUCAGUGUAAACCUGGUGUGACAGGUCUGAAAUGUGAUGAAUGUGCCGAGGGACAUUUUGGACUCAAGGAGGAAUCCGAUGGUUGUGAGGGUGAGUGA